GCUAUAUUAUGGGAAACUAACGAUAGUUUUUGUUCCAAGUUUUUCCUUUUUUUUGAAUAUCUCACGGGUAUUUAAGUAUUUUUGAAACGGGCAAUUUUUUUUAACUUCGGUUCUAGAAGACGACAACGACGACGACAAAUCCAAUUCCAAACGUUUCGGAUUCGGAAGGCAAUCACGAUUCGGCGGGGAAUAAUAACGUGCAACUCGAAUAGCCAAUUUUGCACCCACUUGCCGUAGUAUGCAUUAGUAUUUUUCAAAGGAAGUAUGGCUAACGAUAAUUCAGAAGAUUUGAAAAACAGCAAACGACCAGCACCGCCUGCAAAUGCUGAACUUUCGGAAUCUGAAAACGAACUCAUACAAGAAAACGCUGAAAAAAUCAGAGUGGGACGUGAUUACCAGGCUGUCAUUCCAAAACUAUUGGUACUCCCAAAAAAUAGACGUGAACGACUGAACAAAAAAGCACUAUUAGUUUGGUCUCCAACUGAAACUAUUUCAGAAAUUAAAUUAAAUGAAUACAUUUUAUUAUCAAAAGAAAAAUAUGGUUACAAUAGUGAACAAGCAUUGGGCAUGCUAUACUGGCAUCACCACGACAUGGAAAAAGCUCUUAGUGAUCUAUCAAAUUUUGCACCUUUACCAGAUGAUUGGUCGACUGAUGAUAAGGUUACGUUUGAAUCAGCUUUUAAUAGUAUUGGAAAAAAUUUUUUACGCAUUAAGCAAAUGAUGCCUGAUAAACCAAUAGCUUCGUUAGUCAAAUAUUAUUAUCUAUGGAAAAAUAAGAGAAAGAAGAGCAGUGUUAUAGAUCGACAAGCUAAAAAAUUAGCAAAUGUCCGUACAAAUGAGAAUCAAAAUGGCAGUAGAGAAGGGUCAAGUUCAGCAGAGUCUGAAUUUGAUGACAAGAAGGACCCUGGGGAAGGAAGUUCGAAACAGAUUUGUUCAGUUUGUGGAGUUUUGGUUACUAUGCUUUAUACUACCUUAAAAGGACCUAUGUGUGGUACAUGCCAAUCACAUUUCAAUAGGACUAAUGGUGGUAUCAGACCAACAUUAGGACCGCCACGUCCAAAUAAUCGCCAUUUGAAUGUCGCUCGUAAUAAACGUUUGCCACCACGAGGCAUGUAUGUUAAUCAUGAUGAUCUUCAGUCUAUUGCAUCUGGAUCCAAUGGACAAGGAGAUACUAUCUUAUUGACAAUGGACGAUGAGGUUGUAUCAUUAAAAUGCAAAAUACAGUCUAACAAACAAGAUAUUGGACAUGUGCAUAAGAAACUUAAACUAGAUGUUUCUGAAUAUCGAGACAGUUCACCCACAACAAGCCAAAUUACAUCUCGUUGGAGCAAUGAUGAAGUUAUGCUUGCUAUUCAAGGAAUGCGCACGUAUGGAAAAGAUUUUAAAGCCAUUGCUGAAACAAUGGGAACAAAGACCCAUACCCAUUUGAAAUCAUUUUUUACCCAUUAUCGUAAGCGUUAUAAACUAGAUUUAAUUAUUCAAAAGUUUUACGCUGAGCAAAAUUCGAUAAUUGAGGUUAGCGAUGAUGAGGAAGAACCGGUCAUCAGUAAAGAUGAGCCUUCGUCUACAAUAACAAGACAGAGUACUCCAUCUGCUUUAGCUUCUGGAAGUCGAUUAAUUAGUAACCUUUCAUUGAAUUCUAAAGCACAUCAAACAGCUGCUGCUGCAAAGUGAUAUUCAUAUAAUCAUGACGUAUAGGCUUCUAUUAUUUCUCACUGCCUUUUAUUUUCCAUAUUAUUUUCCCUACUUAUCAAAUAAAUAAUAUCAAGUGUAUUACAAAUGAUGUAUAAACCAUUAUAUUAUAUUCUUUUAAAUUUAAAAUUAACGGAUUUAUU